CACUUUUCUUCGAUUUCGCUGCUUGACCACAGACCACAUCCACCGCUUCUUCCAAGCCGUGAUGCCUGUAGAUCAUGCCUCAAUACUCGAGGCCUAUGCUGUCCUAGGCUUGCAAGAGGGUGUAUCCCUGGAGGUCGUAAAAAGCACUUACAAACGAAUUGCAUUGCGCACGCAUCCCGACAAAAAUCCCGACAACCCAGAUGCCACCAAGGAGUUCCAGCAAGUAGGAGACGCCUACAACACACUUAUCAAGUAUCUCGACAACAGCCAUGACGAUUAUGAUGAAUACUCAGACGAAGAAUACUAUUCCGAGGAUGAGAUGGACUUCUACAUGUAUUUAUUCGAGCAAUUUAUGAGAGGACACACUAAUCGAUACAUGCACACACGGUAUCGCCAUGAACACUUCAUGCCGAUGCGGGAAUCGUCCGAGCAAUACAACGAACGCUUGCGCAAGUCUCGCGAAGAACAAGUUGCAGCACAGGAGCGUCGAGAGAGGGAGAAUGCUGCCCGCAAGGCGAGGCAGGAGCAAGACAGGGAACGAGCCCGGCGUCUGGCGGAGCAGCGACAGAAGGAGAAAGUGGAAGCAAAAAAAUCAGAAGCAGCGGCGCAGCGUAGGCACGCUGAACAGGCAAUACGCACCCAACUGCAGAAGACUCAGGCAACGAGGUCCGCUGUCUUUGCGGCGGCUCGUGUGGGUGAUGCAACUAAAGUAAAGGCCGGCGUAUGGGAAGACGAGGUUGAUGCUGCAGGAGGGGAAAUCAAGCGUGAUUGCGAGAAGUUUGUCUCGCAAACACCAAAGGAUCCACAGGAAACCUUACUGCAUAUCGCUGCCUUGAAAGGCGAUCAUGAGCUCGUCACAUGGCUUGACGCGCAUAAUGCCGAUCCCGAAGAGCGCAACGGCGAAGGUUUUACGGCCUUUCAUAUUGCCCUACGAAAUGGUCAUCAAAAGAUCAUCACGUACUUCUUUAAUGCAUUCCCUCCCAAAGACGAAGACUCCAAGCCGAUCUAUACACCUCCUGAAUCCACCAAUCUCCUUACCCUGGCUCUUGAUGCCCGUGACCCUGAAGUCGUUUGGAUGGUCCUCGACAAAUCUCUUGCCAGCUCUGAUGAUAUCAGCAAAGCAUGGUCAUGGAUAACCUCUACCGAAGGACGCAACACCAUGUUGAAACCCAAUAACGUCAACAGAGCUCUCAGCGACAGUGUACGCUUGGAGCACUUCAACGACAUCAUCCAGCUCCUCAUGCGUUUCGGUGGCUUCACUCCCCCUCCCACUCCCAGUAUGAGUGAGCAGGAGGAGCGGGAUAAAUGGCCGUCUCAGGAAACCUCCCCAAGUGCGUCUCAUAGCAAGCAGCAGAAGCAAAAACAUCGGCGCUCGCAAUCUCAAAUGUCCCCAGCAGACGGCCCCGGCGACCGUCAGGGACAGCCUGUUCCUGUUGUAGAUACUGUAGGAGACACGAUGCCCCAAGGACCUGGUCGGGGUCGUGGUCGAGGGAGGGGUAGGGGUCGUGGACGUGGACGCGGACGUGGACGUGGAAGAGGCCAGGUCCCCGCAUAAAUUUUCUUCUUUUUCUUUUUCGGUUUUCUUUCCUUGGGCAUUUUCCCUCACCUGCACAUAUACUUGUUCUGCGACACACCUUCAUGAUUCGGUGAAGGCAUUGACACCACCGUGUACACAUUUCUCAUCUUUCAUUCCUCAACCCUCAAUCAUCAUCUGUCCAUUGCUAUCCUUCCCUUGCAUUUUAAUUUACCAUAAACCAAAUGUUUCUUAACUGUAUCUCAUAGUUACGGCUAGUACGGCUGCUCUCUCGUUGUGAAUAACAAUGCUAUUGAAUGUCACCAGUUACCAUGCAUCAAAUUGACAAU